CACCUGGCUUGUUGCUAAGUCCAUGACGAAGUGGGCAGCAGCACAUAGGCCCAUCGAAUACCUGUUGCUGUUUCCUUUCAUCUAUUGUUUCGAUGGUGUGAAUGACUGGGUAGGAAAAAGAGCAUUUAUCUGCUUAUCCACAACGAGAGCGCAAAGAAAUGGCUCUCCUCAGCUUUAGUCCACUUUCCAAUAUCUCUUCUUCUCCAGUUUCUUCUUGCUUAACAUCCUUUCCCAUCGCUGUUUUACCAAUUUCCAGGUUGCGGGUAAAAGCAGUUGAUCAUCAUCCCUCAAAAUGUUUAAUUGGUACGCAGUUUGUCCCCAACAAGAAAAGAUUGGCGAUGACUGUGAAAUCUGCAAGUACUGAUGGCGAGCGACAGCUUCCAACAGAAAGCAAGAAGGAAGCUUUGCCAGUGGAACAGCUUCCUUUAGAGUCUAAGAUGCAGCAGAUAGCGAAGCAGAAGAUGAGGAUGAAGCUGGCUAAGAAAACAAGGCUUCGUAGAAAGCGACUUGUUCGCAAGAGGAAGAUGAGGAAGAAGGGACGAUGGCCACCUUCUAAGAUGAAAAAGUUAAAGAAUGUAUGACAUUUUGCUCUCUUUUGAACUUUCUUGUUUCUAUUUUUAGAUGUUAUUUAUUUUUAUUCCAAGCAGUGAUGACCUCAAUGAACUGAAUCUGCUGUUGUUCAAUUUCUCUUUGGAAAUUGAAAGAUAUAUGGUCUAGACUCUAGAGUUGUAUCUCUUUGUUGGAUUCGAUAGACAACGUCUCGAGUACCUGCUUGAUUUCGCUACCUCUUAUUCGUAGCUUUGAUUCUUUAAUGCAUCUGAUUCCAGAAGUA